CUGUCGUCACAGGCACAAUGGCGGCCUUCACUGUGGCUCGUAGCAGUUGCGGGCUGUUGCGCGGGUUGAGGGUCUCCUUGAGGAGUUUAGCGCAGAUAAAGUAUGGCGCAGCAGCCGCGGCGGCGUCCUCACCACAGAGCCCUCUCCAGGUGCACUGUCGCUGGUCCUCGGUCAGCCACCUGUCCGUGAAGGAGAGGAUCGAGCAGAAACGGAAGGCGGCGCUAAUCGGGGGAGGUCAGAAGAGAAUAGAUGCGCAGCACAAAAGGGGUAAGCUGACCGCCAGGGAGCGGGUGGAGCUCUUACUGGACCCCGAGUCCUUCAUGGAGACGGACAUGUUUGUGGAACACCGCUGCUCCGACUUUGGCAUGGAGCAGGACGGCAACAAGUUUCCCGGUGACAGCGUUGUGACCGGACGAGGCCGGAUCAACGGCCGGCUGGUUUAUGUGUUCAGUCAGGUACAGGCUAUACUCUUUGUUGGGCCGCAGCGCCAGGCUUGUUGGACCCUCCAUCAUUUGCUCCUCUCUUGCUCGUUCCAGGACUUCACGGUGUUCGGUGGCAGCUUGUCCGGAGCUCACGCGCAGAAAAUCUGCAAGAUCAUGGAUCAGGCCAUGACGGUCGGCGCUCCCGUAAUCGGGCUGAACGACUCUGGAGGCGCUCGCAUCCAGGAGGGAGUGGAGUCCCUUGCUGGAUACGCAGAUAUAUUCCUGAGGAAUGUGUUGGCUUCAGGAGUCGUCCCUCAGAUCUCCCUCAUCAUGGGCCCCUGUGCCGGAGGGGCUGUGUACUCGCCUGCCCUGACAGAUUUCACCUUCAUGGUUAAGGAUACGUCAUAUCUAUUCAUCACGGGGCCGGAUGUCGUCAAGUCUGUGACCAACGAAGACGUGACGCAGGAGGAGCUGGGCGGAGCCAAAACUCACACCACCGUUUCCGGUGUGGCUCAUCGUGCGUUUGAGAAUGAUGUCGAGGCUUUGCUAAACCUACGAGAAUUCUUCAACUUUCUUCCACUUAGUAAUCAGGAUCCAGCUCCCGUCAGGGAGUGCCACGAUCCCAGCGAUCGUCUGGUGAAGUCGUUGGACACCAUCGUCCCGUUUGAGUCGACAAAAGCCUAUGACAUGUUGGACAUCAUCCACGCGAUCGUAGAUGAGAGGGACUUCUUUGAGAUCAUGCCCAACUACGCCAAAAACAUUGUGGUGGGUUUUGCGAGAAUGAAUGGCCGCACCGUGGGGAUUGUGGGUAACCAGCCCAAAGUAGCGUCUGGUUGUUUGGACAUCAACUCCUCGGUAAAAGGAGCCCGUUUCGUUCGCUUCUGUGACGCCUUCAACAUUCCCAUCAUCACUUUUGUGGAUGUUCCAGGUUUUCUGCCAGGUACCGCCCAGGAGUACGGCGGCAUCAUCCGACAUGGAGCCAAACUGCUGUACGCCUACGCAGAGGCCACAGUGCCAAAAAUAACCGUCAUCACCAGAAAGGCUUACGGAGGCGCCUAUGAUGUAAUGAGCUCCAAACACUUGAGAGGAGAUGUGAAUUAUGCUUGGCCAACGGCUGAAGUUGCCGUUAUGGGUGCCAAGGGCGCAGUUCAGAUCAUCUUCAGAGGAAAGGAGAACCAGGCCGAAGCCGAGGCCGAAUAUGUGGACAAGUUUGCUAAUCCCUUCCCAGCUGCCGUCAGAGGCUUCGUCGAUGACAUCAUCGAGCCCGCGACCACCCGUCGAAAGAUCUGCAGCGACCUGGAAGUGCUGGCCAGCAAGAAGCAGGUCAAUCCGUGGAAGAAGCACGCCAACAUUCCUCUGUGAAACACUUCCAACCCGGCUGCACGGCAAUGCGAUGAUAAAGGCCCCCGUUUCACUGCGCUCAGGUGAACAGCAGGGGUUCCUCGGGAAGCCUGCCAAGCAGAUGGUUGUCGUAUUCAUUUACCACUCCGCUGGAAGCAUCAAGAUCCCAAAUUCACUCAUCUUUAAAAAAAGAAUAAAGUGUUAUUCAAUAUGGUGCCACCUAUAAGACUAGUAUCAGGAUUUUUAUGACACACAAGCUUUGGAUAAAAGGAGGAUAAUUGAACACUCAAGCAGUAGCCAUAUUGGCUGUUAUCAAGCAUGUUUUUGAACUAAACUAUCUGAAUAAAGUUAUUUUUUUGCAAUAAUUAUAAAAACAUUUAGUUGUUUUUUGACCCGAGUUUCAGUACUGUAUUUAGUUGUUUUUUUUCUUUCAUUCAGGACACCAAGGUCCAAACUGUGCCUUCUCUGUCUGGCGCCCUCUGUAAAAUAAAUCAUCUCAAUGUAUCCGCA